AUGGCAANGUACGCGGCAUCUCAUUUUGCAAUUCAAGCAUAUCUUACUCGCCUGUCUCAUCAUUGCCAUUGGAUUCUCAUGGCAAUUAAAUCUUGCCCGUUAAUGCACACUUGUAGCUCAACUAUACAAUUGCAACUUGCAACGAAGAUCUUGAGAGAUUUUGUUUUUGAACUUCUGACCGGUCUGAAGACGAAGGAAAUCCCUAUUACUAGGGAUUUUAUUUCUAUUUUAGACGUUGUGAUUGAGGGACAUGAUACAGAAAAAGGGUUGAUGGACGAAGAAACUCUCAAGGAGGCUAAAAAGAACGAAGAAAAUCUCCAGGAGGUUGUGAUCAUGGGCAAUCUUUGCAUGAACAAAGCACAAGGGUUGACGGAUAUUGAGGCUUCUGUGGAUAAACCCACCAUUGAUUCUCAAGGGCUGAAGGACGAAGAAACUCUCAAGGAGGCUGUGAUGGACAAUCUUACGAUGAAUACCGAGCAACAAUCGACGAAUGAGAGUAUUGUACAUCAACCCAUUGAUGAUUCUAUUGUGUUGUUCGGGAAAAAAGUAGUGUUGCUGAAAUCACAGAAUUCUGUGGAGAAAGGUAAGCAAAUCUCGAAUUCUCUUGAAGUAUGCAAAGAAGAUAAGGUUUGGUAUCACAAUAUACCAAGGAAACCAAGGACCAAGAGAGUAGAGGGGCCUACUUCUGUGGAUUGCCCCGAAGAGUCUGGGAAGACGAAGUUUUUUGAAGGUGAAAGUUUUGGAACAAAAGUUGUAAAGUCAAAGAGAGUAGAGGGGUUCAUGAAGCCUAUUGCAAUGGAUUGCACCACAAAUUUUGAGAAGACAGCUUCAAAGUGGAAGUUUUUUGAAGGUGAAAGUUCUGCAACAAAGAUUGUAAAGCCAAAGAAACCGAGGAAGAACAUGCCACAAACUGAUCCAAACCCAAAACCUGAUCUACCCGUAGAGUUCAAGAAUUUAAUCAGUGCCUUGGGGAGUUCUGAGCCAGUGUUAGUGAUACAAAAAUCCUUGUUCGACACAGAAGUUAGUAAUCAGCAUAAUCGGCUAUCGAUACCGAUAAAUAAAAUUGAAGAGGGUUUUCAUCUAGAAGAGGAUGAGAAGAGAGCAUUGGACCUGCGCAAUGGAAAGAAGUGUGGUGAAAUAUCAGCAAGCUCGAUUGGACGGUCACUUGAAGAAAGAGAAAUAAAACUGAGGAAGUGGGACAUGAAGAAGGAGCAUAGUGGCACAAAUAAUGCAAUGUACGUUUUGACCCAAUCUUGGAACAUGUUUAGGGAGAGUAAUGGACUGGAAGCAGGAAUGGUUGUGCAGGUUAGGUCAUUUCAAGUUAAUUCAAGGCGGUGGUUUAUUCUUGUUAACAACCGAGAAGAAUGUUCGAGUGACGAAUGCAACCGAUCUUGUGAUGGUGCAAGCACUAGCAAAAGCAGUAAUAUUGCAUCUACUACUGGCUCCAAAACCCAAUAA